CAACACGGUGACAGGACCCCGCCUAUUUUGCAAAGAGUCACGGACAACUUUCUGUUGCAACAACAUUGAUGUCAUUCAUUUCUGCCAAACCUUUUCUCGAACGUAAUUUACUUCAGUCGAAAACAAGACUACGAUGGACAACUCUACUCGUGUGGCUUUCGGUGGAUGGGAAUAUUAUUAUGGCUAUGUGGAUCCAGUCAUUGUAGAUGAGAGCAAGUUGAAAUACAACAAAUAUUCCAUCGUCAUUGCAUUUUGGAUCACUCUGGCCGGCUUUGUCGGAGUUCUUUUCCUCACGCUGAAUCUCUUGUCUGGCAGUGGGCGCUCACCAUGGAGACGCACUCAAAGGAGAAGUCAAAGGAGACACACGGCCUCUAGUUUAAUAUGAGCAUACGUG